AUGGCCCCUACAAGCACCAAGGACAAGUACUCGGUCAUCCUGCCGACGUACAACGAGCGCAAGAACCUCCCCAUCGUGGCCUGGCUGCUGAACCGCACCUUUACAGAGAACCAACUCGAUUGGGAACUCAUCAUUGUCGAUGACGGCUCGCCCGACGGCACGCAAGAUGUCGCCAACCAGCUCGUCAAGGCCUACGCCCCCCACGUCGUCCUCAAGACUCGCUCCGGCAAGCUGGGUCUCGGCACCGCCUACGUCCACGGCCUGCAGUUCGUCACCGGCAACUUCGUCAUCAUCAUGGACGCCGACUUCAGCCACCACCCCAAGUUCAUCCCGCAGAUGAUUGCCGUGCAGAAGAAGGGCAACUACGACAUCGUCACCGGCACGCGCUACGCGGGCAACGGCGGCGUCUUUGGCUGGGACCUAAAGCGCAAGUUCGUCAGCCGCGGCGCCAACCUGUUCGCCGAUACUGUUCUCCGACCCGGCGUCAGCGAUCUCACGGGCAGCUUCCGGCUGUACAAGAAGAGCGUGCUGGAGAAGGUCAUUUCCAGCACGGAAAGCAAGGGGUACACGUUCCAGAUGGAGAUGAUGGUGCGCGCAAAGGCCAUGGGAUGCACCGUUGCCGAGGUGCCCAUUUCCUUUGUGGAUCGCGUCUACGGCGAGAGCAAGCUGGGCGGCGACGAAAUUGUCGAGUACGCCAAGGGCGUGUUUUCCCUGUGGCUCAAGGUCUGA